GAAUCCGUUUCUGGGCAAAUGCGGGGCCUUUCGCCGGCCGUCUGCGGGAAUGAGGAAGUGAGACAGACAACUGCAAAGAGCAGUUGGGAGCAUGGGAGCAGGAAAAGAUAGGAACGAUUACGCACACCUUUGGUUCGCUAAAUAGCCCGAAACUCUGUUACGAAAGCGAGAGAAAACAUCAACUCCCGCCCCAGAUCAACACAGCGCACAAGAAAAACAAGUCCCACAAACCUAGACGACGACGGCGGUUCAAAAAGGGGAGGGGGACGACGGAGACUAGCCCGAAAAUGUCCGUUGGAAACGCCACCCCAUCACAUCGUGUCUAAUGGCUUGACCAACACACUGUGCGAACAGUGCCAAGGAACCUCCCCCCCCCCAUACCUUCCCCUCCCGCGUGGACGGGACAGAGAUGGGAGAGAACGGUGUGCGCGCACACCAACGGCGCGCGUGCAGGGCGCAUGUCCGACGGUUGGGCGCACCCGACAGGGAAGCGCAGCGGACCGACCGAUCGGGUUCGGGGUCGGGCCACCGUCUACCCAACCUGCGAAUGCUAAAUAUAUUUCGUGAAUGUGAUCACUUCAGUGCUCUGUGAACAGUGGUUUGGAAAAGUACGCAGUUGAGUCCGAGUCGGUCCGCGAGCUACACAAGAUCACAAAAUGGCCAACGAUCUGAAGGAUGUUGAAAUUGAGAAGGCGCAGUUCGUCUUCUCCGUCUACGAUUGGGAAGGUUCCGGCCAGAUGGAUGCCAUGGAUCUUGGCAACGCUCUUCGCGCCCUGAACCUGAACCCAACCAUCGAGCUGAUCGGCAAGAUGGGCGGCACCCAGAAGCGCGGUGAGAAGAAGAUCAAGUUCGAGGAAUUCCUGCCAAUCUUCUCGCAGGUCAAGAAGGAGAAGGAACAGGGCUGCUACGAGGACUUCCUGGAGUGUCUGAAGCUGUACGACAAGAAUGAGGAUGGCACCAUGCUGCUCGCAGAACUGACCCACAGCUUAACGGCUCUCGGUGAGCGACUGGAUGAUGUGGAGCUGGACAACGUCAUGAAGGACUGCAUGGACCCGGAGGAUGAUGACGGCAACAUCCCAUACGCACCAUUUCUUCAGAGAUUGUGUGACCACAAGCCUUAAGCGAGCUAUUUAUAUAAUACAAAAUAUCAAAAGAGAGAACAACACCAUCCUCACUAUCGGAAACAAGACAGACAGCAACGAUGGAAACAACCUGGCGAACUUGACAACACCAGCAACACAUCUGCGAACAACACCAGCAAAACACUGAGUUUUUCCAGUUGAAGUCAGCAGCAACAGCAGCAGCAAAGUGAACACACAUACAAAUGCAAAAACAAACAAACAAAAAAAAAAAGAAAAACAAACCAAGAAUAAGAAGCAAACACAAACGCUGAACAACAAACAAAGUGCAGCAGCAAUAUUUGUGCAAAACAGCAAAGCAAAACGAUUUCACCGUGUUUACCAACAAGAUCGGGAACAUGCGGAAACGGUUAUUACUAUUUUUCUGUUAAGAUUUAAAUAAAUUUCUACAUAAAGAGGUCA